AUGAAAUCCUUUUCAAGUUCUGCCAUCAAUAAGUCGGGCAAGAAGUUUGCCCCAAAGGCGCCAAUUCGACGCGCCCCGGCUGCCUCAUCCUCAGCUCCUCCUAGAAGACCUAGUUUUGCGCAACAACAGCAAACUCCAUCUCAGCCUAGUCAACCCGUGAAAGAGACACCAAUUCCCGAGCCUGAGUCCUCUACUCUAGCUCCAGCUCCAACACCAGUGCCAGCCGCGGAGCCACCCGCUUUUACCGAAACACCGGUCGCUGAAUCUUCAGCCCAAGAGCUGAAAGCACCACAGCCCGUGACAGCGAUUCCAGUACCCCGUCCGAAGCAAAAAGCUCCUAUAUCGGCGCUCUCUCCCACCGUUACCAAGUCUGUAUCUACGACCCCUCAACCUACCCCGCCCACACAGAACGCACCAACCGCCGAACCCACACCUAUCCAAUCUAUAGAAAAUGAACCCGAUAAUAGAAGAAAAGAGCCUGCUACCACCAAUAAAGUGCAAGUGCCAAAGCCGCGUGAUCGAUCCAGGGUAUCUCCAGUUCCAUCUGUAUCGCGUGGGCCUGCCGAACCUGCAACUGAAAUCCGUCCGUCCAAACGUCUCAAGACGACUACGGAAACUAGUGCAGUAGCUGGAGAGACACAGCCAACACCACCCCAGAUUUUAACACCCCCGGCUACACAGACAUCGGAAGCUGAGGGGAUUGCGGAUGGUCCUGAUCAGGUUGAAUCCCGUGCUACUUCGCAGUCGGCGACUGAGCAGGGUCGUAAAACGACAAAGCCAAGGUCCAAGCGGUCAACUAGAAGCGGUUCUAAUGAGAAUGCAAGAGGUACUGGGAGGCAAAGACGUCCACGGGCAGCACGUAAGCCCCGUGAACCAACUCCCGAGGGUGCGGAAACAGUGGAAAUUGCUCCAGCAAUGAUGAAAAUGUCGGAUCUAUGCAAAGACUUAAGGACAGGAAAGCUAUCCAAGAGAGAAACUGAAUUACGGAACAUGGAAAUUGCCGAGCAAGAGCGCAAAGAGAAAGCGCAGCAGGAGGGAGAAGCUGGGGAGCAGCAAACCCCAAUCAAGCAGAAUGGAGAUGCAGCAUCGCCGUCGGCAGCAGCGGCAGAAGAAGAUGGAUCAUUGGACAAAAAGCAACAGGCUGGGCCAGUUAUGCGAAUCGUGAAUGGAGAAAUUGUGCUAGAUACCGCAUCCCUUCAAGUGGAUCGUCACGCAGAUGCUGCACGGAACGUGGGAGAACUGGAGGAUGUGGUGGAAAACUCUCUCACCCGGAAGAUCAACCAGUCGACCUACGGAAAACGCUCGAAAACAGAAUCAUGGGAUGAGGAAAUGACCGACCUAUUCUACCGAGGGCUGCGCAUGUUCGGUACUGAUUUUAUGGUGAUCAGUAAAAUGUUUCCGGGCAGGUCGAGACGUCAAAUAAAGUUGAAGUUCAAUAAUGAAGAGCGAAAGGAUCCGCAAAGGAUAAAAGAAACCCUCAUGGGUCCACGAGAAACGAUUGAUAUUGCUACCUACUCGGAGAUGACCAACACGGUUUAUGAUGAUCCUAGAGCCAUCCAACGGGAACUUGAUGAGGAGAAGAAACAGAUUGAAGACCAACAUGCUAAAGAGAAGGAGGCUCAAGAGGAAUUGCUUCGCAACCCCGAUGGUGGAAAGGAUGCUAAUGCCGCCGCCGGCGACAAGGGCAAUGCCGCUGUCGCCAAGGGCAAGUCGCGCAGCAAGAAACAAACCAUGAAACAGAUGAACAGUGGGACGGAAGAGGUUUUGGGAUCUAUUGACGACUUCCCCUGA